GUUGAAGGACGAGAUUGCCAGGAUCCAACAGUCCGUCACUGCGGUGUGCUCCGACUUCGAGGAGCACAAGCGUGCUUCCACGGCGAUUCACAACAAGCUCCAAGCGCAGGUUUGGACUGUUGAGGAAGCAAAAAAGCAGGAGGCAGCUGGCUCGCCUUCGCAUGUGUCGCAGAAGUCCUACCAGCCAUUGGUGACGAUGACAGCUUCCCAGGGCUCCCUGAUGCAUCCUGGAACGGGGUCUGUGCAGGUCCCACAGCCCAUGCUCCACCAUGGGACUUCACCUCGGAGGCAGUGUCGGACGUGUUGUUCGAAG